AUGUCGUCGGUGCAACCUGAUAUCUCAAAGAAAUUCGUCAACUAUUUGCGGAAUUCUCAGCAGCUGAGUUGCCCCAUCUGCCAAGUGGACGUCAAACCGCCCACGCUCAAUGGGUUCAAGCACCAUGUCCAAAGCAGCGCCGAGAAGCACCCCACGGAGGAGAAGGCCAUUCUAGACGCCUUCGAGCGGAUGAAGCUCAGCUCAUCCAAACCUCAACCUCAGCCUACAUCUGCCACAGAACAAGAUCAGAGUAAACGGUCAAAGAAAAGAUCCGCCUUUGAUCAAUCAGACGACCAACAGAAUCCAGAGCGUACUUCUUUGAAUGCAAAGGAGAGCUCGGAUAAUGGGGGUCGCAAUAAGAAGGUUUGCUCGCCCAGUAGCUCUCCCCCGCCCUCUACAAGCACGCCAAAUAGGCGAGGGCGAGGCAGGCAGCAAGCCGACGGCAACAAAGAGUUUGAUCGCGGACCCAAAGGUUCAAGUACGCGUCAGCUCUGGAGCCCGGGCAACGGUGGUCCUCAACGACCUUCACCUCUCAAGACACAAACCCUCGGCCAGCGAUCCAGGCCGUUGUCGCAUGCCAAACCAAGCCAGCAUAGAAUGGAAGAGCCCGAUCCGGAACCCGGCCCAGUGGCUGAGGCUGAGCCAGAUGAUUCCUAUACCGAGGAUCCUUCGGUGUCCCAGCUGAUCCGGCAACCCGAAACCAGGCCGAUAUCGCAAGAACAGCUCGUUGCUGAAGUCAAAGGCAUCUACGCCGGACUCGUCAUGGUAGAAAGCAAGUGUAUCGAGGUUGAUAAUGCUCAAUCGGCGAACAAGGACUCACCCCAGCAACUUAACAACGAGCAGUGGCAGGCACUUAUCGCUCUGCAUCGUACGCUGCUUCACGAGCAUCAUGACUUUUUCCUGGCCAGUCAGCAUCCCUCUGCUAGCCCGGCACUUCGACGGCUGGCCUCUAAGUACGCCAUGCCGGCCAGAAUGUGGAGGCACGGCAUACAUUCGUUCCUUGAACUCUUGAGACACAGGUUGCCUCAAUCUCUGGAGCACAUGCUCACUUUUAUAUACAUUGCGUACAGUAUGAUGGCCCUUCUCUACGAGACUGUACCUGCAUUCGAAGAUACUUGGAUUGAGUGUCUCGGAGACCUGGGCAGAUACCGCAUGGCAAUUGAAGACGACGACAUUCGAGACCGAGAAACUUGGACUGCUGUUUCUCGAUACUGGUAUUCAAAGGCAUCGGAUAAGCUACCGACCACUGGUCGACUCUACCAUCACCUAGCUAUUCUGGCGCGUCCCAACGCGCUUCAGCAGACAUAUUACUAUACAAAGUCUCUUUGUGUCCCUAUCCCAUUCUUAAGUGCCAGGGAGAGUGUCAUGACACUGUUUGACCCAGUCCUGAGUCAGGGACCCCCCCGGCUAGAGGCGAUUGACCUCGCCUUUGUCCGCAUACUCGCUAUUUUCUUUUCUGGCAAGGAGAAAGACCUGCUAGGCUUUUCCGCCAGGCAGUUUCUGAGUCUUUUGGAUGGACACAUUGCUCGAAUUACAAAAAGUUGGCUAGAAGCUGGAUACUAUAUGGGCAUAUCGAUUACCUGCUCUCUCCUUGGCUUCGGUAACGAUUCCAAUGUCCUGAAACAUGUCAUUGUCCCCAAGCGGUCCGAUGACAUGGACACUGCUGGAGAAAUCGUUACUCAGGCGCCGAUUCCGGCAGACACUUUUUACCAAUCGCUCUCUUUGGCUGUACAAACACUGGAGAUAGUAAUUCAGCGAUGGGGAGAUAUGAAUAUACUGCCAUUUCUCCACACACAAAUGGUGUUUAUACACCAUUUGUCUAAAUUUCCGGCUGCGAUGAGAUUCAUCGAGCAUAAGUACCCCUGGAAGCUGGUUGCGACGAUGCUCAACUACUUGAAGCAGUCCUGCAAGUUUGAACCUCGCAUGGACAGUGCGGAAUUCCCUGGAGCAGAAAACCAAGAUCAUUACCGACCACUCCCAGAAGAUUACGCCAUGCGUGGCCUGAUCUACACUGAGGAGUACUUUCCCCUAAACUGGUUCUCCGGCGAGGCCGUUGAAGAAGAUGAAAAAUACUUUGAGCAGGCGUCCAUGGUGGAUGCUCGAAAGGAGAGAAUUCUGUGGAUUGGACGACAAAUCUCUUCUUUUGGCCAGUGGCUUCUGUGGGAUGAGGCCAACUCCCAGUUUACCGUGGCAGAUGAAUAUGAUGUUGACUUUACAGCCAAAACUCCCGAAGUCGGUGCCCGCGAGAUUGUAACUCUCGGAGCCGGUUCACAUAGCUUAGAUGCUCCUUAUCGAGCAAAUUGA